AUGGAGUUGGCACUGUCUGCUGCAAAUUAUCUCAGUCCCAUUGCGGACGCUUUGUACUAUCUCAACAACACAAAGGUGCAUCCUGUGUGGUUUCCAUUCGCGCUGGCGCCUACGUUGCAUGCUGCCAGGGUUUCGAUCAUCUUUCAGGCGAAUGUGCGUCAGAGAGGAGCGUCGGGAGCGCCUCUUUCCUGGGGAACGCACAUUGCGGGCUUCUUGCUUAUGAGUUGGGGUGGCGGUCUUCUAUCACAUUUCAUGUUAGGGUUACCCCCACCUAUGCUGUAUUCUUUUGGUCCAGCGCUCAACUAUGUUUCUGUCAAUCUUAUCGUCAUGCUCAUCCUCACAAUUUUGCCCGAUCUCCUGUACCCGCCAGUGUUAGACACUAUCUUAUGGCCUUUAGACGCGCUAUUGCGGACAAAUGCAGUGGUUUCCACACUAGGCCUUCUCUCCUCCCAUAAAGUCCACCCCGAAUAUCAAAAUUCACCUCUUACUCACCUAAUCAUCGGGGCAAUCGUUUCCAGCGGCGGAGGGCUUACUGUUGCCACCAUGUCUGCCUGGACACCUAAUUGGGCGUUAAGUACACCCCCAGUUCUACGUGCUGGCGCUGGAUGGGCAGGUACCCUUGAUGUAUGGGGAGGCUCCCUUGUCGCACUCAUCUACAGCAGCACAACGAACCAUCCCGCGUUUGCACCUCUACAUACAUAUACAACGCUCAUUCUCUCUUCUCCUCUUCUUUCUGUGACUCGGAAACCACACGCCGACGCGGACUUCCCUCCUCUCACAUCCCUUGGUGCUGCGUCUCUUUCGGCUGCUGUCCUUGGAAUCCUAUUCGCUGCACGGACAAUUAAAACACAUUGGCUGAUUUCAUCACAGUCCGGUGGAACUACCGUUCGUGCAGUGCAUAGCAAAGUUCCACAGACGUUAACUCCUCACAAAGUUGGGCAUCUUGGUGCAGUCAAAAGAGCAAAGAAAAAGACUUCUUAA